AUGAUUCUCAUCGAUACCUCCACACUGCAGCUUCGUCAUGUCCCAGAGCUGCGGCAAACUCCAUACGCAAUCCUCUCGCACACGUGGGGCGAUGACGAAGUCAACUACAAAGACUUCAGCAACCUUGAGGAAGCGAAGUCCAAAUCGGGUUAUGACAAGAUAGUGAGGACAUGCCAACUUGCAGCUGCGCGAGGCCUAGAAUACGUAUGGAUCGAUACGUGCUGCAUCGACAAAAGCAGUAGUGCGGAGCUGACCGAGGCAAUCAACUCUAUGUUCCGAUGGUAUAGAGAGGCGGAAGUUUGCUUCGCCUAUAUCUCUGACUUGCCGGAACGCAAUGGAGGCCCAGCCUUCAGAUGGAUCCAGAACGGUCACUAUCGGUGGUUCACCCGCGGCUGGACUCUGCAGGAAUUGGUAGCGGCCGACAAGGUCGAAUUCUAUGACGCGGGCUGGGAGUAUCGCGGAGACAAGGCAGCUCUGAUAUCACAAAUCUGCCGCAUCACCGGAGUUGAUGAACAUAUUCUGGAAGACAGCAAACUCCUGCCUGCAACUCCGGUGGCGAGGAAGAUGUCCUGGGCAGCCGGUCGAGAGACAACGAGGACGGAGGACAUGGCAUACUGCCUCUUGGGUCUCUUUAAUAUUAACAUGCCCCUGAUCUAUGGCGAGGGCGAACGAGCUUUUAUCAGACUGCAAGAGGAAACAGCCAAGGAGACAAACGACCUGUCUUUGUUCGCCUGGACGUCAAAAGACGAGCACGAAUCAGAGAGCUUCACCGGGUUGUUUGCCAGAUCGCCGCAAGAAUUCGCUCAAUGCCGGAAUAUUUUGCGAUGGUCUGAUUUCCUGGCACCGCGCCCCGAGUUUACCAUCACCAAUAAUGGCGUUCGUCUCGAGACAAGCUUGGGGCGGGAAGAUGACAAUGAAUUCGUGCUGGACCUCGGUUGCUGCGACCUUACGGCCGGUGAGGAGCGACUGGGCAUCUACCUGCACCAGGCGGGAUCAAGAUUUCUUCGAAAACGCCCAGAUACAUUCUACCGCACGCAAGAUUCUCGCGUGUGGCUGGGAGAAAAGUCCACGAUCUACGUACCAAAGCGCCUAAGUCCCGAGGAGAAGCAAAGAUUACGUCUAGAGCUGGCAAGUCGUAUCUACGUUCGGUUUUCUCCGGGGUAUGAAAUUGGCCACUUUUCUGUCGUUGGUACGGCGAGACAUCCUGAGUCUCUUUGGAAUAUUCGUGAGCGAUACUUUCUCACUAUGGACUCUGUCGCAUGGCAAUCACCGAUGACGGGCACGAUUUAUCCCCCCUUCAUUGGCAUUUAUGGCUUCCGUAUUCGGGACACAUUUGGCAGACAUAUAUGCAACUGCCUCCUGGUCUGCGGCAUCUUUCAAACCCUCUCAGGCAAUGAACUUCCGUGUGCCGUCGUCUACGCAGACGCAGAUCCCAGCACGGAGGAUGUCUUCAUGGCGCUUGCAGAACACAAAGGAGAAGCCGACGGGAGUUUGCUGAGCUACAUUCGGGACUGCCUCAUUUCAGAUUUCUCACCAAAUGGAACCACGUUGCAGUGGGAUGAUAUUUCCGACCGUGAAGUUCACGUCGUCCAGGACGGUCAUGUUUUGCACAUCCAGCCAGAAAUUAGGCUGGUACAUGGAAUUUCCGUUUCGGACGAGGACAAAAUGGGUUACAGCACAUCUCCGAACGUUGAGCGAACAGAUAUAGACAACCGAGGCCAAGAUAUUGCGUCUUUGCCAGACAAUUAUUCCGGAGAAAGGCAAUAUGUUGUUUCAGUUUGCAUAAGCCGAGAUCAACUUCCCGAAGCCGAAGUCUACAACCUCUGA